AUGAAGCGGUACAUCGACAAGUUUCGCGGGCGCCAAGGUAAAUCAUUGAGCUCGCAGAAGGAGGAUGCACCCGGCGAGGCAUCGACAGGAAGGGAGGCGAUUAUCAGAGAGCACUGUCUCGGGUGCGAUAGGCCAGUCGAGAGCACUGCAAAGGUGAAUGAGGAGAUUUCCAAGGCAUCGCCAGAGGUACAAAAGGAUCCUAAGAUGAAGACCUUCAAGCGGGUCCCCACUGUCAAGCAGCAGAUCGAAGACGUUCCGAAGUAUUGGGGGACAACGACAGAUAUCGGAGAAGCGCAGCUGGCCAUUUUACUGCAGCACGUCAUCCAGACAGACUACGAGCCACAUUUCAAGCUCGCUCGUCGGCUGAAUGGCUCAUUCAACGUAGCAUACAUCAUGGAAUCGGUCCGCGGAUGGAGGAUCUGUGUGCGUGUUCCAGCAUGCGGAUUUCCUGGGCGAUGGAACGACCGCGAUGCAGACCUGUUACGAGCGACAGCUUUGGGAAUGAAGUACAUCUACGAAAACACCGAGCUGCCCAUUCCGCAGGUCCUGGCUUAUAGCGCUGACACGAAGAAUGAGAUCAACGCGCCGUACACCAUCAUGACAUUUCUCGAGGGAAAGAGUGUGACAGAUCUUUGGGACGAUCUCAGCGUCACACCGUCAGUCUUGGAGGCGCGGAGGCAGAAGAUCAUGCACGAUCUUGCCAAUAUCAUGCGCUCCCUAGCGACAACAACCUUUGCUCGAGCCGGAACACUUUGGUUCCCUGAUGACGAUAGCCCCCCUGAGGUCGGAAAUAGCUAUCGGCUGGACAAGGCAAAGAUAUUCGCCCUUAAGCGCGAAUUUCUUGAAUUCCCACCAAGAGAUUCGGUAGCAGAAUUGCUUCGCUGUGGCCAGCACAAGCGGUUGAUAGAAGACCGAAAUCCUGGAGUCGAGCACGAUGUUGCAACCGUUGGUGUCUAUGCUCUUUGGGAUGUGAUGAUUGAAGCAUUCCUCCAAAGCGGCGGGAAGCAGAAGGCCGGCGAGCCAGAAUUCGUGUUGAUGCAAUCCGAUUUCAACCGGCAGAACAUCCUUGCAGAUGAAACCGGCAAGGUCACGGGAUUGAUAGACUGGGACUGCCUCGAAUCAAUUCCCCGCUGUAUUGGCUGGUGCAGUCUCCCGCACUGGCUCGAAGUCGACUGGUGUCCAGACUAUCGCUGGCCCCCGGAGGUUGAUUUUGAGGAAACUCCCAAACCAGACGAGUUCGAUCGCUACCGCGCGGACUACGCCAAAUACAUGCGUGAGGUGUGUCAGGGUAGAAGCGACUCGGUUUUCACCUCUCGCAGCCACAUCUACCAGGUGCUUUUCGACAGCGUAGAGAGUUUCGCCGCAGUUGAGUGCUUUGUGUACAAUGUUCUUACCGACAUCCUGCCAAGAAGCGUCUCAUACUUCCACACCCGAGUCGACGACAUUGGACGCGGAGGUUUCCAAGUAGGAGAGAGGGAGUGGUUUGAGGCACGCCUGGUCCGGUACUUUGCUCCGGAUGCUGAGAUGGCAGCAGUGGAAUAA